AUGGAUAAAUACGAGGAUUUAGGACUUGAGGCGAGCAAGUUUAUCGAGGAUUUAAACAUGUAUGAAGCAUCCAGAGAUGGUUUAUUUCGAACCAGGAGGGAUGCAGGAAAUAACCCCGACUUUGAAGAGACAAGAAGAGUUUUUGCGUCCAAAAUGACAAAAAUACACAUGCAGAAGCAUCAAGAGGAGAUGGCAAAAAACAACAUGUCUAUUAAAAUGAAUGGGGGUCACAACAGCAACUUUUACACCAAAGACAGACCGCCCAUCAACAGUUACAGACAGCCGGGUGAAGCGGCAGCGAAGCCCCCGAUUCUCUCUGGCCCAGUGCCGGGCAUCGCGGCUGGCAAUCAGUACGCACAGUUGGACGGCCAGAAACACCUCACAAGCACUCAGACUGAACUUCCAGUCAGCAGGGCGUAUGGCUACGGAAACAAUUAUGAUAAUAAGGAGCGUUUAGAGCCACAUUCAUACCAGCACAGCACUCCUGCUCCACACAGCCCUGGAAACACUUCUCAUCACCUUUCACCAACUUUGUCUGGGUCUGGUUGCAACAUUUCAUCUCAGCAGCAGCCCCAAAGACAGCCUGCUUCUCCCUCGAUUAACAGCCUCCCGCCCCAGCUGAAUCAGGCUCUCACCAGGAGUCCACCCUCCUCUGCUGGUCCAGUCAGGGAAUGGUCUGGAGACCCUGCAGGCUCACCAAAACCAGACCUCAUCCCUGCUCUACCUCUGAGUGCCUUUACCGGGGGAGCUGACUUUCAGAAGCAACAACAGCAGCCUUCCACACAACCUUCGGCCCAUUAUUCACCACCUUCUCCAACUUCCAGACCCUCUGCCAGCCACAGUGGUGCUGUGGUAGCUUCCAUGCUCUUACCUACAACUCCUGAAAUAUCCCAAGCCAAAGCACAAGGGACACCUGCUAACUUGAUCCCUGGAAAUGUCUCCAAAAGCAGUAACAAAGUUCAAAGUCAGAGCCAAGUACCCAGUUUUGGACAGGCCACCAGUGCUACAUCUGAGGUACCAUGCCCCACCAAGCUUGUUCAACUACCCUGUCAGCCUCUCCUCUCACAACCCCUGGAGCAAGGGCCUUCUGCAGCUGAAAUCAAACUAGAAGCCCUCACACAGCGGCUGGAGAAGGAGAUGGACACCCAACCAAAGGCUGACUACUUUGGUAAGGCAGUUUAGACAAGAAAGCACCAACAAGGCGCUUCUGUUUGGUGGGCAACACUGAAUGACAAAGCCACCCAGCUACAGUUCAUAUCCCCUUUUUGUUUUCAUAUUUAUUUUUAACAUGUCUGCACUGUCACAUUUUCUCAAUCUUUGUCUCUCUCUCUCACACAGACACAUUUGUUGUUGUGUCUUUGGCUGAAGUUUGUCAUGAACACAGUUAUGUCUUUUCUUUGUGAGGGCACUCUUGAUGGCAGAUUAAAUAACUGAACUUAUUAUUCAGACGCCGUAGGAGGCGUCAGUCUUUCUACUGUGGAAUGCAGACUGAAUAAUUCUCUAAUUUGUUCAUGUCUUUUCUUAAAUGAUUCAUUAUCUGCCCUUCUUGGCAGCUGAACUCUUCAGCAGUAAAAGGUGGGGCCAAGGCCCAAAGGACAAAUGGUUUCCUCUUAUCUCCUCUGGGACAUUUAAUGGAUAACUAGGUAAAGCUUGAUCACCUCUGUCUGUCAGACCUGUGAUCCUUUAACUCUGGGGUUGUUUUAAAGUUCCCAGCUCAGUUUGGUAAACUAACAGUGGCGCUUAUUGUUCUCCUUAUGUCACUCCUGCAGCCAUGUGCUUGUAUUUUUCUCAUGACUUGACGCAUAUAGAUUUAUGCAAGUGAUGAGCACAUACUCACAGGGAGAGUGACCACAAAAAACAACAACUGUAAUGGUUUGUUUUGCCAUUUUGGAAGUUCAUUGGGAACAGUUAACUGAAGCUGUGAUUUCUUCAUCCUGUUUUGUUCCCACCAACCAUCUUUAUGCUAAGUGUUUACAUUUUGAUAGUUGAGUGGUCCUGGUAUCAAAUGACAAGCAUAGUUUAAAUCUACAAUGCUCUUACCUCUGUGUGAUAAAAGGGAGAAAAGAUGACCAUAAACACAAAAGUGGAAGUAUGAGAUAGGCUGGAUGUUGAAAAAUGUCAAUAAUCAGCAGAUUUCGCUGGUUUCUGUUCCUCAUAUCGCCGCCUGCAGCGCCUCAGCUGCAAUAUCUGGACAGUUGGAAUGCUAUCAGGAAAUUGAUAGUGUAUUAAAAAACAAAUGCUCUGCUGCAAGGUCAGCUGACAUACUGUUAUCAGAAAAAUAACAAGCAGGUUCAGAUAUAUUCUGAGUUUCUGGUUGAAACUUGUUGCAGAGAAAACUGGUCAUCUCGUGGUGACCAUGCAUUUGGAGCUCAGGUCAUUCAUAACAGCAGUGAGAGGAAGAGAGCAUGAGAUGGGUCUGUAAGGCCAUGUGCCCCCACCCACCCACACACACAGGCUCACUUACAGGCCACCCUCGCCUCCCUGCUAGAAGAAUUUCCCGCUGGAAUGUCACGAUGGUGGUUCACAGCUCCCUGAUGUGCUUCGUAGGCCUGUAAGGGAAGAUGUUCUGGCGUACGUCACAGUCACGACAAGGUUCUUAAAUAGCGCAGAGAUGCGAAUGUUACGGAUGUGUGGGAGAGCACGGUCAGCAUGCAACCAGCACAAGUGUAGGUUUUGAUGUAACACCGUGUAUGUCUUCUUUCAUGCAUAUCCACAUUCCCACAGAGCCCACACGCACUGUUUCUUUAUGGAGUUUCCCUACUAGACCGGCUCAUCCCCUGAGUCAUGCUUUCAUGUCAGACAAAAAACGUGUGUGGGCUAGUUAAGACCUGAGUGUUAUCAUAAGAAACCCACAUUGUUACAAAAUGAAUCCGCAUACAGACUUUUGAGUUAUGAUAGACCCAUUUAUAUAUAUAUAGAUUUUAGGAUAAAGCUAAUGUUUCUAUGAGCCAGAUGUGCUUUCAAAAGUCUGUACCACUGCCAUGGCAGUUUAAAACGCAUCCAGUGAGCUGCGUUCAUACACUGGACUUGGAUCCAUCAGAAUUCCCAACUGUCCACGUUGUACUGAUUGGCAUAGCUGCAGCUGGAGGUUCUGGGAAAAUGAGUCUGCUGCCAAACGGCUGCAUCGAGGGAACACAGAGGAAUGUCUGAAGGAAGAAAGAGAGAGGAAUUUUACAAAUGAGCUCUUAAUAUACAAAGGGGAGGGGAGUCCCAGACCAGUUUAGGGGUGCCUGCAGUGCAGCUGAAAAGAUGAGUUGACAAACAGAGAGAUUUAGGGACAAGUUCUCGAAGCCUCUUUGUCCUUAGCUGCAGGAGGCUGGGAGGACGUGAGAUUUAUCGACAAGUUCAUCCCAGACAGAGAAGAGUGGUGGGAGAUCCUGGUGAUCCGCCUCCCUUUUUUUUCUCCCCUGACUUCUACACACAAACCCACACUCAUAUACACACACACACAUACAUUCAGCUGUGUUAAGUGUUGUGUAAAGAUGGAGGAUUAAUUUAUCCCAUCUGGCUGUAGAGUGGAAAGCUUCAUCAUGACUCUUCCCAGAGAUUCUUGGCUUCUGCUUUGGCAGACUAGCAGGCUGAGUUUUAUAGGUGUGUGUCUGUGUAUGUGUGUGUGUCUGUGUGUGACUGUGUGUGUUGUCUAUAAAUAUGGCCUGGGGUAUUUGACUGAAUGUGUUAUGUUUUGUCACUUUUGGGUGUGGUGUUACUGCUUUUUAUGGUGGAAAUUUAGAAAAUGUUGCCAUUGGUAACAGCAUUUAAUUCAUGUAUUACAGUGAACAUUGGCCUCUAUUCUGGAUGUGCCAAAGGUAGACUUUAACACAUUUAUAUAUGAAAAAGUUCAUUUUCAUUGCACAGCCCCCAGAACAAAUAAUGAAGUUGAUCAUCUUUCUUUGUUGGUGAAGAAAUAGCACUACAGGCACAUAAAUAUUAAGCUACCAGCUAGAAUAGCCUGAAAGUCUAGUUAACUCUGUCUCACAGACUGUUGUCGUGUUUUAUUGUAAGACUUGCAUAAAUAGUAGUUUGCAGUCUCAAAACAGUCUAUAUUUUUGGUUAGGAAAUAAACAGUAGGCUUUUUGAGAAUGGUAAAUGGAAAGUGACAGGUAAACAGAAGCUAGCUAAAUGCUUAAAGUAAGCUUAAACAAUGUAUAAACAACAAAAUGGCUAGCUAGCUAGCUAGCUAGAUAUGUUAUUUAUCUCUAAGAGAAAUUUACAGCUGAAAGAAGAGGAUAGAUUUUUUUAGAUAGUAGUAUGAAACAAAUGGCCAACAGUUAAAAGAAAGUGAGGUUGGAGUAAAGCAUGAAAAGCUACAAUGGUGAGCUGAACACUUAGAUAAUUUUAAUUAACUUGAUGGUGAGGCGAUGUUGAAUCCAAAUAAAGCUUUGGAGCCUUGCAACUCAGUCUAUGAAACGUUUCAGAUACUUAAGUAUUAAAUACAUUUGGAGGUGAAGGUUGGCUAUCAGGUAAUUUGUUGGUCAAUGAACCUGAAAUCUUAUGGCUAACUGUUGUUGUGAUCUCUAACCAGCUGCUACAGUCUGCUGCAGAGGUUUUGUUUUCAUUCAGUGGCAUGUUGGCUAGCAAGCAGACAUUUACUGAAAGUUUUGACAGCUGGGAAAGGUGAGGGAGAGUCGGGGGGCUGAAGUUUUGGCUGCAUGUUUUGCUUCCCCUCCCCCCCUGUAUGAAGCAAGCAUUCAGUCUCCUGAAGAAUCACACUGUUUUGGAACUUGGGACCAUAGCCAAAAGCAGAUUUUUAGUGGCCCAAGUGGUAAGGAGGUGAGUAUAAAAAAGGGAUUCAAAAAGAAAUUGGAUCCAGAGUUCCAGAUUGCAACUCAGCAAGCUGUCACACAGUGGCUUUGUUAGUUUGAGCACAUGGCUGCAUUGCCAUGUUUUCAUGAAAACUUACCAGCUUACAUAAGAACAACAUUCCUUUGUCUUCUAAUAAUAUCCCUCUAUUAUCUCAGAAUCUUGUCUCCAGCUGUUGGGGCCCCUGAUGAUGUAUCCUCUGUUGUGGAAUUAGGAGAGACCUUAGAUGAAUUAUAUAUAGCCCUGUUAUAUAUUGUGCUACUGACAGUGUAUGUAAAGAGACAUUUGAAGAAGGCUGCUAAACAUAACAGUGUGUUUUUUGAGGGAGGCAGCCGCGUGAUGAGUAUUGGAUACAGUGGAAACAGAAGUUUCUUUGUCAGUGUUCGAGGAGGUCCAGGGCUGAGCUGGGCUGGGCUGGGCUCUUCUGCUAAGCUCUGUUUCUCUGUCUCCAGGGUUUUUUUUUUUUUAAAUUCUCUAUAAAAGCACACACUCAAAUAACCUUGUGCACAAGUACACAGACCUUGCACUAAAAGGAUGCUCAAGGUCUUGCUUUCAUCUUGUGCCACAGGCGCCUCUGCUAGUGUUACUUUGACUUAAUCCUUUUUGAUUGGAUGGUUGUAUCAUACCAUUACUAAUUGAUUUAGCAGCAAGCUGUCUGCGGGGCGGUCACUUGUCACAACCCAUAUGUCACUCGUCAUAUUAUACUGUGUCAUACAGAGCUUGCUUAAAUGGAGAGAUGGAGAUGGGCAGUAUCAGAGCAAUCAAAGAUCAUGUUUUCACAGCAGGUUUCAGUACAGUUUUUCAGCAUCCUCAGCGGCUCUUGUAAGAAAAUUGUUGUGUAUUGAUCACAUAGACACCCCGUGUUGGUCAUGAGCUGUCCAAAGUCAAAGGAGAGAUUAUGUAACAUUUCUCUGCAUGCUCUCUUGGAGCUGCUCUUCUUCACUUGAGAAAGGAGACUCCUGCUUCCAUUAAUGCAUUUUUGAGGUUCUCAUUUUCAUACUUUUCUAAUUAAGUUUAAUGAAUGGUUGAUACAAAAGAGACUCCAGUGUCUCAUUGACUGUGCUUGUUGUAAGAGUUGGACUGUUUGGAUUUCUAUCAAAGACUUUAUUAACAGACUUCUCAGUCUCUGAGCCAAGUCAAAUAAGCAGAGAGAGAUAUAUUUCCUAUUUCCCCGUUCAAUGAUACAGCCUGCUAUCUAACUUCCUGACCUUUAUGAAGGGAUAUUUUUCCUCUUACCCCCAUUGUUUUGUCUGGUUUAAUCUGGAUCACAGCUUUCACAACUCUCUAAUCCCCUUAUCUUACUACACCACUUUCUCAAUUUCUGCUCCUAAUUUAGUCAUUUCUAUGUGUGUCUGUCUGUGACUUUCCUGACUCACUCUUUUGCUUUGUUGUGUUUUAGGAGUCUGUGUCAAGUGCAACAAGUCAGUGUAUGGAGCCAGCCAGGCCUGCCAGGCUAUGGGUAGCCUCUACCAUGACUCUUGCUUCACCUGCAGCGCCUGUAGUAAGUACAAACACGGCUGUUCUUUACCAAGACUCGCACUUCCUGUCAAACACUUUCACCUUCUCUCUGUGUUGUCAAGCUCGUCUCUUCCUGACUAAUUGGCUGCCAAAGACUCAUUCUCUAAAAUCAAAAGUGGUACCUUCCUCUUCAGUUGUGCGCUGGCCCAAGCAAAAGCACACAAUUAUUUAGAGAUUACUGUCAUGUACUGCUAGUGUUUGGUAUCUGGGUGUGCCAGUCACUCCUACAGCCCACACUAAAGCACACAGGGCGAGCCUUUUUGCAGAUUUAGUUCACGUACCAGACGAAAAACAUCCUCAAGAAUACCCUCAUAUGGUAUUGUAUAGUUAACUUUUACAGCCAAACAUCAGGUUUGUGAGAAAUAGUGGGGAUUGUAAGCAUAAGCAAACAAUAAUGGCUUGUAGCACCUUGUUCUGGUUAGCUUCAAGGCUCUUUUGGACACAAAUCCUUCACAUCAGAAACAGUUACUGUGUUUUGUUUGUGCCCUUUUGUUUUUCAUUUCUUAAGGCAGAUGCUGUUUUUACUUUCAGGAUAGAAUAGGCUCGGACAAACUUGAUGUGUGUUGGAAAACCUACCCUUUAAAUAUCCACUAAGUUGUUUUUCUUACAUAAAACAUUAUGUAAGUGUAAGGAGGAAGAUCUGUUGAUAUUUUCUGUGUCAGUAUAACAUGGUUUUUCGUCUCUUAGUUCAGCGCUGCUCUUGCCUUUUUAUUUUUCUUCGUUUUCUUCUUUUUUUGACAGUGAACCUGACUAAUUAGGGAGAGGUAGGUCUUAGCUGAGGUUCAACACCCUGGCAAGAACUGUUCAAUGUAUGUGUGGCCUGAAGUGUGACCCUGCUCUCAGCUCGUACCAAUUAAAACCUCUGUUCCAAUUAUCAGACGCUUGGUAUGUGGAGUAUUUGUGGCACUGCGGUGACCUCUGCUCCGGCCCAUUAUUCUGCAGCACCUUUGACCUUGGUGGUUACGCCUCCAAAUGUAUGAUUAACAUCUCCGUGUAUUCUUUUACCCUCCAUCUAUAUAUUUAUACAUAAGUUGUAGUGCACAGAGAUGAAAAAGAAGUAUUUGUGGCUCAGAGUGAUAUCUGAAGUGGAUGGGGGGUUAGAGAGGAGUUUACACACCACAUACCUCUCAUAGCUCGCUCCAUGUGAGGGCAUAAAGGUUGUACUUGCUGUGAGUGGCCCCAGGGAAAAGCAUCUCAGCUGGGGAGGAAUGCAUAGGGGCCCACUAGCUUUAGGAGGACACUAGAGGCUGUUAUGUCAGGUGGAUGCAAUGAGAUAGGAGUACAGUGCAGGACGGGCGGACCAUUACGGGACAAACUACCCACCCCAUGCAGCUGCCAUGCAGGGGGCUACACAUGCAUGCAUGCACAUAGACACAUGGUUUCCUCAGAUAUGCGGUGCCUUCAUGUUAGACAUGGUUUCUCAUCUCAGAAUCUGUUUGUCAUGACAACAUUGCGCUUACAUAACAUGUCUGAAUGACUGCGAUCAUCACCCUCUGCCCUUGCUCCACUAGUUCCGCCAAGGUAACUGAGAGGCAGGAGAGCAUUCCUGAUGCCUGCAUGCCUCGAUACUAAGCAGCGAAAGAAGGGAGGGAUUUCCCCCGAGCUAACCAUUGCAUAUUUACACACCAUUAGUGGUGCAGCCUCAUCCAGCUGGAGAUAAAAGUCAAGUGUGUUAUCAGUGGAACUGGUCACACAGUAGCCGACUCAAAUAUCCCAUGGAAUAAAGGGAAUAAAUGAAAAAAAGAAAGUAAUUUCCUCUCCCUUUAUUAGAUUCUCUUGUUAUAGUCUUGUUUAUUUUUAUGUAAAAUGAAAUGCAUGUGGACUCAAUGUCCCCUUUCCAUGAUCAUAUUAUAUCCCUCUGUUUGGGGUAAUUUGAUAAUACAUUGUGAGAUUGAUACAAACAUACCACCCAAAUUAAGUUUCUGCUGUCCUGAUGUUAGCUUCUUUAUUCUAACUGAUCAGCAGGCUCUGGAGAACCGAACUAGAGUCUUAGCUACUUUCAGGCUAGUUUUUUAGAGAGUUGUUCUAAAUGCUGCUAAGUUUUGAGACAUUAUAAGCAAGGCAGAUAACUGUUUGAAGCAGGAUAUAUGUCUAAAUACCAUCAGACUUUGCUCUUCUGCUGAAAUGUCUCACUUGUGUAAUUCACUCUAAAUAAAGUACAAGGUUGAGGCUCCAUUAAGGAGUUAUGGCAUGGCCAUCAUAAAUUUAUUAAAAAUCUGGGAGUUCAUGGACUGUUGAAAUUAGAAAAUGGCCUUGUAUUUUGUUCUGUUCCUCGAGUAUUUUACAUUUUUAUGAAAGAGCAACAGUCAGGUUUUUUUCUGGUGCUUUUCAAACGGUCAGUCCUGACUCCUGACUUUAAUUAAGCUCCUAUCUUCAUAGCCUUUCCUUUAUGACUCACUGGGAAAAAAAGGCAAGAAUGUGAGGAAAAGAGGGAUGGCCCAUAUCCCACCAUCACCCCUUUCAUUCCCUUUUCUUCCUUGGGAAACACAAUUCCACUGUCUCUGUCUGUCAGUAAUGACUUAAAGACAGUCACACAACUCAGCAUGAUGAAAAUGACAUGAUAUCCUUUUAAGUCAGUGCAGGCUUUUCUUACUGCAUGACCUUUAUUGUUUUAUUAAAUUAAGAUAAUGAAGUUAUGAACAACUGUUUAAGUGAAUUUAAUAUGCCAUUAAUAUAAAAGGAAGAAUCACAAGUUUCUCAUUUACAGUAGAAGAAAGUUUUGGUUUUGAAAAAACAAGGGGAAAGAAAUGAAAUGGAUGUUUGGCUGGAAGUGUAUUAAAGGCCUGUUUUGAAUAUGAUGGUUGAUCAAUAGUUUAUUUACAUAUAUGUGUAUAUAUAUAUAUGUAUAUAUAUAUAUAUAUAUAUAUAUAUAUACAUAUAUGAUUUUAAAGCAGCAGUGGUCUAGUGUUUACCGAAGGCCAGCUUCUUUUCUCUCUUAUAAGAUUUAGAAGUUUCUUCUUUUUUACUCUCUAAGUUGCUUUAUCUUAUGCAUGGAAAUUUGAACUAGAUCAGCCUAAAUCUGGACUCAUGAUGCCACAGCAGGCUGCUUCGCCGGUAUAGUUACGACUGAGCAAUGUUGACAUUCCCUUUAAUUAAAGCAGUUUAAAUGGCAGUAGAUCAAAUCUAACAUCAACUGAAAAGUGUUACUUUGUCAGGAUUUGUAGAAUAAUAGAGUUCAGUAUUGCCCGGCUUACAUCAUUCUAUGUUCUGCAACAACAUGAUAGGAGCAUUAUAUAUGGGCCAUGAGCUGGCCUGCUCUGCUCUGUGAACCACAUGUUCUAGUAGCUGCCUACUUGACUUGGCCGUUCAUGUUCUCCUCCACAUCUGUAUGUCUUUCCUUUUGUGGGAUUGAGACUGUGCAUUUUCUUGUGCCUAAAUGACCGUGUGUGUGAGGCUAUCAGGAUAAAGUAAUCAGGUAAACAGAGCAUGAGAUGAAGCAGAGAAGAUAAAGAAGGCUCCUGUUCUCUGGGGUUAAGCCCUCCUCUCCCCUGCUGUCCCCUCCCUCACCUUCCCUCCUGGAAAAUGUGAGGAAUGUUCCCUCUUCCUGUGGGACCUGGACAGGAAUAGAAAUGUGAAGUGAGCGGAGAGGUUUGCUGUUGUGCGUGUGUGUGUGUUAGUGUUUCUGCGGCUGUGUGAAAGCUGCUAUAAGUCAGCGGAUCCUGAACGUAGAGCUAUGAAAGUUCACAGACAGACAGGAAGCAGACACAGCGUGUGAACGACAGCAUAAAAGAACAAAGAAGAAGAAUAGUCGACUGUCAGAGGUCUAGGGCAGCGGUUGACACGAAAUCUAACAGCAUUGAGUGUUUAAUCUGUUGCACCUGUACAGUAAUUUGACUUGGUCAGCACUUUCCCCACGUGCUCUUUGCUGGGGUGUAACUCAUCUUACUGCGGUGUGCUUUGUGUCACUGCUACAUUAUAUUAAGACACCAUCACACCACAGAUCUGUGUCUUUGAUUUAUCUGCCUGGGAUUUAGCAGGAUAUAAUAAAUAUUGCAAGAGGGUCCAUUACCUUCAAAUGGCUAUAAUAAAUCACUGCGCUUCUUAUGCAUUAGCGCUUUAACCUUCCUCUGAGACCAGAUUCAUAGCUUUGCAAGAUUUUCCACCAUUUAAGCAUCCAAUCAUUGACUUGCCCUCAUCCCAUCUACUUAAAUUUACUUAUUGUUAAUCAAUGUUGUUUAAAAUAAACUCCUCUUUGUUCCUGUCUGAGUGAUAUGGAUGUUUCUGUUCUGCAGGUCGAAGGCUGAGAGGGAAAGCUUUCUACUAUGUCGGAGGAAAGGUUUUCUGCGAAGAAGACUUUCUGGUGAGUGGUCAAUACACAGUCGAUAGCGAGAAUAUCUUACCUAAGGUAUGCGCUCUUGUAACCUUUGUUGUGACUCCAUCAGGGCGAGAUCUCUCACAGGACCUUUCUCAGGCUGAGCUCUAAUUACAAAAGUACUGAAACUUCACAUGGUCUUAAGGUUUACAAAUAACUGUCACUCGAUCUUUAAAUGAGUUAACCUAACACACUCACACAAACACAUUCUGUUUAUAAUCUCUCAGCUCAAAUACAAAAUAUCAGUGGGAGACUUUGACCUCAUGGCCCACUUUUUUAGCAUCCAAUGCAGGCGGUGUGUAUCAAUUUUCUCCCUUGGGUGGGACUGGAAGGAGGUCAGUAACUGGAGAAGCUGCUUUGCUUUGGUUUAUAGAGUUGAGCGCAGCAUGGGCAUUCACACCAGUGCAAAAUAAUUGUGUGUACUUUCAGAAUGCAUAAUCCACAGCUUACACUCGUAAGUCUUGAGAAGUUUAUGUAGAUUUAAGCAUGUAUAUUUUGAGUUAGAGUGCAGAUUUCUUUCUGUUUAAAACCUUCAUCUAAAAGCUCUUUUUUGCUCCGUUAAAAUUAAAAUCAUUAUAAUAUGAGUUUACGUAGGCUCUUCUCUCUGUGCACUGUUAUGCUGAACCCGUAAAUGUGUAUCUCCUCCUCAAUGAUACAGUUCCUACAUAAUUACACAUAAUAAUGCUGAGCUGACAGACUCAAAUACUGCAUCAGUAAAAUGCCAAUCUCUACCAUACUUAAGUCCACACACUUAAACCCGUUCACGCUGACCAUUGAGAUUUUCCAAAUAACACACUGUACAAAUGCUGCUUUUCGAGAGUGGAAAGCUGUGAUUUUAAGCAGUUUUAAGAGGAGGUUUGUGAUUAAAGUACACAUGCUAAACUGUAAAGGCUACUUUUGAUUAUGAGUGUGAGAUGGUGUGGAGUUUCUCAGAGCUCAGUCUGAAUCAGAAAGUCAGAGAAUUCAGUCAUCCGUUAAAUAGCCAAAUUCCACUGACAUCAUUGCUGUCUUUUCUCCGUCUGUUGAAGUACUCCGGUUUCCAGCAGUCUGCAGACAAGUGUAAUGCAUGUGGACAUCUGAUCAUGGACAUGGUGAGUGUCUGUUACCCCUCUCAAGUUGUGUGUACUUUUGUGGGUUUGGGCUUUGUGUGUUUGUGGGUCUGAGGUGAUCUCAGCAGAACUCAAGAGUUACUUCACCAGGAAUGAGCUUUUUGUGGGCACAUCUGGACAAAGACUCAUGAGGAAGCAUUGAAUCUCCACAUGCAUCCCCCCUGUCUGACACACACUUACCUAACACAAAGUCUUGUGGGUAGAGCAAAAGCAGACAUGCAUACAGAUGAGUUAAAAGUCUGAGGAAACCAGUUGUAUUUUAUGUUUUUUGUGUUAACGCUGUCUUGAAUUUGUCAAAAAAGAGUGAAGUCUGACUUUUAAGUCAGUUGCAGCGCCUGAAGCUUCAUUUGACUGGUGGGAUUUUAGUUAUAUAUCAUGCUGCAUAUUCUGAAGUUUUAUUCUUAGCUUUGUUCUAUUCUUAGCUGCUAUUAAGACCUGUUAUUUCCUCGGGGGUCAUGAAAAUUUCAUCUGAUUUAAAAGGAAAGAUUGUUAAAAGCAGUGCCUGUUUCCAUUGCGUUGGAUUGAGAGAGUGAGGAAAUAUAAAAUCGUAGUGGCAGAUUGAAAUGGAGUAUUGACAUCGUGAUUUUCUUAACUCCUUCCUAUCUUCAUAGAUCCUUCAGGCCCUCGGGAAGUCAUACCACCCUGGCUGUUUCCGUUGUGUCAUCUGUAAUGAGAGCCUUGAUGGAGUGCCCUUCACAGUAGAUACUGAAAAUAAGAUCUACUGUCUCAAAGACUAUCACAGGUGAGCAUCACAUGCUGCCCAGUAUUUUAAAGCAACAGGGACACAAAACCUGGAUUCGUCUGUUGAUUUAGUUCAGUGUGACAAAUCUGAAAAAUGUUCAGGUUUCAUAUUCCAGAUUCCCUAAACUUCCCACUGUGACAGCAGAGUCUGGAUGAGAGGGUCGCUUGAGUUUCCCUCUGCCACGUGUUACGGACACAUGAGAAGUAUAGUCAGGAAUAAAAGAGGGAGGGAGGAGGAUGAGGGGGAAAAGAUCACUGUCCAGUUAGAGGUGUGAAGAAUGGCGUGCAGCCAUGACUCUUUGUAGCCCAUAUGAGCAGUAACCAGCUCUGAGAAGACCAUUUUUCACAUCUGAGUGGAAAAUCCAAGUGUCAUGUGUGAGAAAAAAAAAAGGAGUCUGCUGUAAAAGUUAUAAACAGAAGCACCUGUUGUACCUCAGCAGUUCCAGUCUUUCUUUUGUCUGCUGGGACAGCAUGUUCAGUACAGCCAGGCACAUGGCCGAUGACUGUCUGGCAGCUCUCACAUGUUCUCCACACUGAUUAAAUCAGAUGAACCUCAUUGUGUUUACAGUAUGUGUUUGACUCUAACCGCAGUCAUGCCCAUCCACACUGAGAGCCUCUUUGUUAUUUCCCCCUGACCUCCAGGUGCCAGCCAUGUGUGUGUGGAAAUAACAGAUUCAUUUUCCUUCUUGUUUUUGUACUGCUUUUGGGGUAUUUGAGGAUUCACGUGUGUUAGAGGAAGCCAGCACAUCUGCAAACCUGGCAUCUCGGAGACUAAUCGAAAAGUGGUCAGAGUCAGUUAAAAAGAGAGGUAGCAACAGCAGGUUAAAAUGUCGAGAGAGGGACAUCAAAUAUUCACCCUUACAGUUUUUGUUGUUCACUUUGAUUUUAGCCUUUUUAUUUGUGGGCAGUGUAACAAAUCUGUGAAACACAUUUCUUUUCCUCUUUUCCUUACACAGGGUCCUGGCUCCUAAAUGUGCAGCCUGUAACCAGCCCAUCCUGCCCUCAGAGGUAGGCUAAGAAUCAUCACAAAUUGAUAAAUUUAACACAGAGAUGUUUAGAUUGUACUGCAGUAAUACAAUCAAUAUCAAUCAUUUUGUCUUUAUGGAGUGUCAAAUCAAAGCAAUGACAAUCUCACGCCAUAAAGUCUAGGCUUCACUCCUUGGAAUAAUAUGUAUGGAGACCUAACAUCGAUCCACAUGAACUAGCACUGCGUGGCAAAACUUUCUGUACCGAAUAUAAAAUAAGUUUUUUUCUACAUCUGAAAAAGUGGAAUCCUGAACUCAAGGUGUAGACAUUUGAAUACAUACACCCAUUUACAACAGAAGACAAGGCCACUUAUCUGUAAAACAAGUGUGCUGUUUAUGGCUGAGGCCUCCUGUUGUUCACCACAACAGUGCCAGAGGGAUCAAAAAUGGAGAGACACAACAAUCAUUCAGAUCAAAGUGACUCAGGAAGUCCAAGUUAUUCUCUGGCUACAUUGCACUGCACUGUACUGCCAGGAGUGUGAUCAAGCAUAAGUUGAAUAUAGUUUGAUUACACAUGUUGUGAUCAGCAGAACUAUGGGGUAGUUUAAAGUUACUGCUCUUUUUAGUCUCGGAUGUGUCACCAGGACUUUAUUAGUGAUCUGAUGGCCGAGAGAUGACAGGCAACCAAGGGAAAGAGUGAUGGCAGAUGAUGUGGCCAAAGGGCUUUAGCUGCACCUAAACCACUGAUCCCCUGUUACCCCAGCUACAAAUGCCUUGCCUCUCAGUUUUCAAGUGACUGCAAUAACUUGAAUAUUGAGUUUCAUACCAGUAUCAACCUUAAAUACACUCAGACUGACAAAGGUAUCGUUCCUACGAUUGGAAGAUCAUGGCUAGCUCUCUGAGUUUCUUGGUAUUUGUUGUUUGACCCUGCACAUACUUAAUAAAACAGAAUAGGGAAACAACUUUUAGCAAGGGCAUGGGAAAUAAUUCAGACUUUCAAGGCACCUAUAGUGUCAUUUGUAGAUCAGCUUGAUGCCUUUAUUAAACCUAGAAGCUUUGGAUCCUCAACCACCAGGUGGUCAGUAGAUUAUAAACCUUAAUCUGCUUAUGUUUUCUCAGCUAUCACCUAAACACAGUACUUAUCUGUGCAUGCAGCGGCUAUUUUCAUAUAGCAGUAUGUCCCUCUAGGCUGCAGGUGAGGGCUAAUAUCUCUGGGCUGUGAUUAGAUGUGUUGUCAUGGGGGAGCAGAUGGAUGGUAGGGGGGAUGAGCAGGUCACACACGCAGACAGGACAUGCUGGCAAAAACAAAGAAAUGUCCAAAAUUAGAGUUGACUUUGCUGGAAUGUCCCCCUGCCCUCCCCUUUGAGUGAGCAGUGAGCCGGGUAUUUAGAGGAGAGGCUGUGUGUGUGUAUUUGUGUAUGUGUGUGUGCUUGGGUAGGGGGCUCAGUCUGUCCUGUGUAUUUAUAUAAGCUGUUGUACGAAUGUUCAGGAAAGUUUUGUGUCAGGCUGAUAGUCUAACCUGAGAACGAUGAUUUAAAAGUAACAGCUUGACUCUAUCUGGGUUUCUGAGGAUGAAAGGUGCACACCACCUGAACAUGCUGGUUGAGAUAAAGGAUGUUUGCAUGAAUUUAUAAAUGAUUUUCCUGCAGCUUUUUCUUUCUUGCAGGUAUAUUUCUUCAGUAUUUGUAUUUAUACCAGUAUGAUUCCUAUGACCAGCUUUGAUUUUAGGAAGUGUGAGCCCCUGUUUUUCAGUCCGUCUAACAGAGUCACUGUCAUACCCUUGAAAAUUUAGGAAAAUUCAGCUCUCUGCUAUUAUCAAAUUUGGAAACUUUUGUCAUCCUGAAAAGAUGAUGUCAGUUCUGUACUUUGUGUUAAGAUUUGCUUCAGUUGUCUGUCUGGAUUUCUCUUGCAGGGGUCUGAUGAAACCAUUCGAGUUGUAUCCAUGGACAAAGACUACCAUGUGGAAUGCUAUCACUGUGAGGUGGGUUUAAACUAAUCACAUCCUUCCAUUUCCCAAAGUGGAAAUGAAGCUGUGCAUUAUAGAGACCUGCAUGUAUAGUGGCCCUGAGCCAGAGACGGUCUGAAUAGCUCAUUAGGAGAAAUCAUUAUGGGGAGAUUUCCUGAUGUUAAUUACAGUCUAGGUGGUAGUUAUAUACAGCCAAGGAGAUCAGGUAUGCAACUCCUCAUCAUCCGGAUCUACCUCAUCAUCAUCAUACUCAGGUGCCUCUAUUUUUUUCAGAUGCUGAUUGACAGCUGCUCUUAUUGAACUCCACAAAUAAUCAUUAUCCAGGAAGCUCAACAAGGCUUACGGAGCUCACUAAUAUUCUUAAAGAUCUGAUUUCUUUCCAAUAAACAAAACAAUAUAUAGUUAUCUCUACACAAAGUUCUUACGGUUCAGUCUUUCAUUUGUUAUGAAGAGGCAAAUGUAGGGCAGACAUCAGACUUGUUAUGUGUCAUUCUUUAAUUAUAUCUUUUAUCAUCCUCCUAUCCUCUUUCCGUCCUCUGUCUGUUUCAGGAAUGUAAGAUGGAGCUAAAUGAUGAGGAGGGUCACCGCUGCUACCCUCUGAACGGCCACCUUCUCUGCCACACCUGCCAUUUGAAAAACAUUGAGUCAGGCUGCUCCUCUUCUAUCUCUUCCUCCUCCUUCUGA